AUGAAUUAAUCUCAAAUAUAAACGAAUCACAAAUCAAUAAAAAAAGAUUCAGGGGAGAAUAGUAAUAAAUUAUCAAGUGGGUCGAUUGUGGCAACAAAAUUUAGAUUGAUAGAUAAAGUAGGUUAAGGCAGUUUUGGAAUGAUUUUUAAGACAGAGAAUACGGAGACUGGGGAAAUAUUUGCGACUAAAUUUGAGAAGAGAGAAGAAAAUUCAAAUGGGGCAGUUAGUUUGUUAGUGAGGGAAAUAAAGGUAUUGAUUGAGGUGCAAGAUUUUGAGGGUAUAAUGAUAUAAUAAAUUUGAUAGGAUUUCCUUAGAUUGUAUUUUAUGGAAGGGAUGAACAAUAUAAUUAUUUCAUGCAAACGUAUCUGGGAUACAAUUUGGAAUAAUUAUUAAAGAGAUGCAAUUACAAAUUUAGCAUUUAGACUGUUUUAAGGAUUGGAAUUAUAUUAAUUGAGAGACUUAAGAUGUUGCAUUCAAAAAACCUAAUUCAUAGAGAUUUAAAGCCUGAUAAUAUGUGUAUAGGGUAUGAUGAUAUCGAUUAGAUAUAUUUAAUCGAUUUUGGUUUGGCCAAGUACUAUAGAAAUUCCUAGGGUGAUCAUAUACCCUAAAAUGAGAGAAGGGGAAUGAUUGGGACAGCUAGAUAUGCAAGUCUAACAGCACAUUUAGGUGAAUUAUGAAUUCUAAUUUGAAGGAAAGGAGCAAUCUCGAAAAGAUGAUAUUGAGAGUCUGGGAUAUGUAUUAGUCUAUCUGGCUAAAGGUCGUCUUCCAUGGAUGAAUCUAAACACUUCAACAAAGUCAGAGAAGUAUUAAAAAAUUAAAGAAUUUAAACAAUAAAUCACUUUAGAGAAGUUAUGUGAAGGAUUGCCGAAAGUUUAACGUCAUAUUCAUCAUAUAAGUGUUUCUUGAAUCUAUUUAUCUAUGCACGUGGCCUUGAUUUUUAAGGAGAACCAGAAUAUUCGUUUCUAAAAGAUCAAUUUUAGAAAUAAUAUUAAAUUGAGGUAUAAUCCUCAUAGAACCAUGUUCCAUUGGAUUUCGAGUGGGAGCGGUUACCUGAACUCAAAAAACGAAAACAAAGGGUUAUAGCAAAUCUUUUGAAAUAAAAACUAGGUACGUGUUUCUAAUUGUAUAAGAAAAAUAAACUGAAGUUAAGCCUGAAUUGGACAUUAAGAAAAGUUACGAUGAAAAACCUGAAUAAAGAGGAAGUUCUUUUCUAAAUGUGCCUGUCUAAGAAAAUGAGUAAUAAUAAUAGCUUUCCCCUGAAAAAAAUAAACAAAGCAGAGUAAGGAUAACAGUAUUAUUAAAUCUAGAGAUGUAGUUAGAAUAUAUCUAGCAUGGGUACUAGUUAAAUCAACAAUUAUCAUUACUAAAGUUAGAAAGAGAAUUUUAGAAAGUUUGCUUUUGAAAAACGAGAGCAAUCUUAUUUUUCGAUUGAAAAAAAAGAGUAGACAUAAAAGAACUUCUUAAAGUAAACAUCAACUAAAGCCGAACGUCAAUAAGCAUUAUAGGAUAUAGAUAAUGAUUAUAGAGAUUUUGAUGAUCUAGAUUAAUUGGCAGAUGAGGAAACCAAUAUUGCCAUUUUUAAUAUUACUCCUCAUUUAUCAAGGAGAAAGUUUUAAUGA